UUGUAUUUUCAGCUGAUGCCUGGACGACAUAGGAAUGGCCCCCUAAAGUCCAGUUCACAUUUCUGUUAUUUGUUUCCCAUUUUCUGCUUAGCUCUCUUUGGUUUGGCUCAGCUCUGCGAUGCUCAUGGCAGGCUUAUAGAGCCUCCCAGUAGGGCUUCGGCCUGGCGCUAUGGAUUUCAGACUCCGCCGGACUACAAUGAUCACGAGCUCUACUGCGGGGGCUUUACGCGCCAGUGGAAGCGCAACGGGGGAAAAUGUGGGGAAUGUGGCGACGCCUGGGAUAUGCCAGAGCCACGCCCACAUGAAAAUGGGGGCCAAUGGGGCCAGGGCGUUAUCGUUCGCAGCUAUUUGCCGGGCUCCGAAAUGACAAUACGAGUGGAACUGACCGCCAGUCACAUGGGCUACUUCGAGUUUCGAUUGUGUCCAAAGCCGAGUGCCAAGCAGCUUUGCCUUGACGAAAACGUGCUGCCUAUAAUAAGUGGCUCGCCAUCGCAGCGUAGUCCGAGUGACUUAGACACCCGAUUCUAUCCUCGUAAUGGUAGUCGCAUUUAUGAAAUCAAAGCACGAUUGCCAGAUCUCUUAUGCAACCAGUGUGUGCUCCAGUGGCGCUACGUAGCCGGAAACAAUUGGGGCAUGUGUGAGGAUGGUGUGGGUGCCGUUGGCUGUGGUCCCCAGGAGGAGUUUCGGGCAUGUUCGGAUAUCGCCUUGACCCCGGAUGCUCGUCUACCCAUACGUCCUGCCCGGCCCACAUAUCGUGUUACCACUACAACUGCAACGCCUGCCAAGACUGAUCAAGUGGAGUCCACUGACGGCCACUUCACUUCGGUUAUGUUCUUGAUAGGAUUUAUUUUGCUAUUGAUGAUCGCGGCAUUCGUAAUAUGCGGCGUAUACGUCUACCUGAAGCCUGCCAAGCUAAGCGAGUGGAAGGACAUUUUCCUGAAGAAGUUCUGCCAGAAGCAAAAAGCUGCCUCCUUAGUUAACCUAUCCCAAAGCAGAGUCUUUAAGCCUGAUUUAUCCAACGGUUGCAUCGAUAAGGUCGAUGACAGCCCCAGCGUCAAUACACAGGGCCCUGCCCCCAUACCUCCGCCUAGAACAAGGCGAGAUUCGCGCAUCAAGGAAAUAUCAAUCAUAUCCUAAAUAGUUUCCUCACUUCCGACUGGUCCCCAGACUAUUAGUAUUCCUUGCAUUUCUUUACCACAUACAAAUAAUAUUAUAUAAAUCAACGAAAACUGAUUAUUUUUAUUGCAGCUUAUAGCUAGGUAUAACUGAAGUGUUCAUUUUCGACUGCAUUACACUAUAAUAAGUAUAAUUAAGAUCAAUAAUUUAUUGUGAUAUCAACAAUGUAUAUUACCUUCUGCAACAAUCCAAAAUUUUGUCUUUUGAGUAAAUAGUUAAAUUAUAA